AAAUUGAAAAUGUGUAAAUUCUUCUUAGCGGCAAAUCGAUUUUGUUUAGUGAAGGUCUUUUGCUUGCCUAAAGUUUCUAAAAUUAAACAAUUUAAGUAUAUAUAGUUGUGAUACCACGAGCUGUCACGAGAAAUGUUGCUUCUAGCCAAUUUAAUCGGCUUUUCAGUUUAAAUCAUUUGGAGCGGAAGGACUCCAUUUAAAAAAUAGAGAUGUCGACGCCAAAUUUUCUUUUGAGCAACGGUAAAAAUAUGCCUAUAGUGGGUCUUGGAACUUGGAGGAGUCCCCCUGAGGUCGUAACUCAAGCUGUAAAGGAUGCUGUUGAUAUAGGAUAUCGCCACUUUGAUUGUGCCCAUAUCUACGGGAAUGAGGCCCAAGUCGGCGCUGCUCUGCGGGAGAAAAUAGAUGAGGGUGUGGUGACGCGGGACCAGCUUUUCAUUACGAGCAAACUAUGGAAUACGCACCACAAACCAGAGCUAGUGAGGCCUGCCUGCGAGACAAGUAUGAGAAACUUGGGAGUGGACUACUUGGAUCUCUACCUGAUGCACUGGCCCAUGGCUUACAAGUCGGGCGAUGUCCUAUAUCCCACCUGUCCGGAUACGAAUAAAGCUGUAUUCGAGGACAUUGACUACGUGGACACAUGGCGGGCCAUGGAGGAUCUGGUUGAUGAGGGACUUUGCCAGGCCAUUGGUGUGUCAAACUUCAAUGAACAACAGAUCACUAGGCUGCUAAGCUUAGCCAAGCUAAAGCCGGUAGUUCUGCAGAUCGAGUGUCACCCGUACCUGAGUCAGAAGCCAUUGAUUACUCUCUGUUAUGAUAAUGCCAUUGCUGUAACCGCCUAUAGCUGCUUAGGAUCAGGACACACGCCUUACGAAAAGCCCGGCGCGUAUCCUUUGCUUCAGCACCCGACUAUCCUGGCUAUAGCUGAGAAAUACGAAAGGACACCGGCACAAGUCCUUCUUCGAUAUCAGACACAGUCGGGUAUUAUCGUUAUCCCGCGAUCCGUCAGCAAACAUCACAUGCAGGAUAAUUUCAAACGAAUCUGGGACUUUGGACUGGCCAUAGAUGAUAUCAAGGCUAUUCAUGAUCUGGACUGUAAUGGUCGUUUUAUGACCAUGAAGGCGGCCUAUGGACACCCUCAUCAUCCUUUUGAGCCAGUUCAGCCGUAAUACAUCAUUUUCUGGAUUUGGAGGAAAGAAGGUAGACGACUCUUACCAAAAACAAGUCAAAAGACGCAGAAUUGCCUUUUUUGCAGUGAAAUUGUUAUCGGAGAUAAUCAAACUUCGUGUAAAAUCAAUGCAAGCAUAAACCAAUGUUAACCAAUAUCUGUAUUAAGUGUUUAUAUAAUAAAAAUGUGUAACAUUAUAUUUACUAUA